UAUACCCAGUCAUUUCCCAACCCCCAAGCUAUAAAUAGCUAUGUAAGCACUUUCCAGCAUUACAGCACGGUUUGCAUAGUUAAUUAAACUUCUGGAACUAACAUAUAACCGUGUUUAAUCCUCCCAAAUACUGAAACAGACCCUGUAAAAAUGGCUCCUCGAAAUUUACCUCCAUCUCUCCUAACCCGUGACGAUGUGGAAACCCGACUUCUAUCCCUAAUUAAGGAAUCCACGGGACAGGAUGGGAAUCCCGAGGGUUGUACGGUUCCGUCAGACAUCCCCUGGUUUGACGCCACCCUGGCCGAAAGAGGGCGUCGUUUCGUCGAAUCGAAUUUCUUCGUCGUGCUCAUGCUCAACUUUGUCAACACGUUCAUGGGGCUGGCCAACAAGCCGAUUGCGGUACUUUCCUUUGAAGUGUUUACCAAAGGGGGGCGGGGAUGUGUGGGACCGAGAUAUGUUUCCACAGUGAAAAGCAUGAUUAGCUGGUUCCUCUCGGAAAAGUUUGACCAGGAUUCCGACAUCUUUCGAGAAGUGGAAAGGGUGAGAAAACUUCAUCGGUUGUACGCCAGACCAGCAACAUUGCCGGAAGUGCCACACCCAGGAUUGGAGCUGGGCGAAGAGUACGAAGAAUUUGCGAGGGUCGUGAGAAAGGAUUUGGAUAAGAUCGACACAUCCCUCUGUCCAACCUCCCUCAAGGGGUGGAACCCUCCCCUGCUCUUCACCCAGUUCGAGCUGGCCUUCGUCGUCUACGCCUCGGUCUCCUCGCUAUUCCUCUAUCCGGAAAAGUUGGGUCUGUCCGGCGACUCGGAAACAACUGCCGGGAUUUCCGGAUACAUCCACCUCUGGGCCGUUGCGGGACGCAUGCUCGGCCUAAAGGACGAGUUCAACGUUGCUCUCAACCCGGAUAGGGAAUUUUACCUCAAAAUUAUGCAACAUUUAGGGUUUGGCACCUUAAAACUGAUGGACGCCACGGUUGCAUACAUGUUCGAGGAAAGCAUAGCCCUUCUGAAUGUCCCCUUUGGAGCGAGUGCUAAGGCGAUCCUCUACACUGUUCUGGAAUCGGGCGGUGUCACUCCGAGUAAUUUAUGGGGCUUUAUGCAUUUUGGUGACAAAGCGUCCUAUUACGCGACGAAAGUAGUUUUCUGGGCGUACAAGAAUUUGUGGGGGGUUCGGCUUGUUUUAAAUGCCGUGGCGAGAGAGGGUUUUUUCUAUGCGGCUCGUAAAAGUAAAAAGGUGGCCAAUUAUCGGUAAAAAAUUCGAAAUGUUUUUUUUAAAUUAGACGGUCGAAAGUUUCGACUCGAAACUGAUUAUGAAUAAAUAAAAGUGGUGAAUUAUGUAUAUUAUAUGCAAAUUGGAAAA